UGCAUAGUGGGAGUAUCCGAGCGAUGCUGAAUCAGUGCAGGAGCGGAGGAGCAGAGGAGGCUGGAAAUGGUGCAGCAUCAACAAGGGAAAAGGGCGCAGCGGUCGCGCCAACGGAAUUAUGCGGCUCUCCUUAAAAUCUCACCUUGAGAUUUUACUCCGUCGACAGAAGAACAGGUAAAUGGCAGGGUUUGGUAAAGUGCUGGCCAGCCGAUGCAGUGCGUAGGGCCAGGUGUCCAAGGCGACGAAAACAUGAACGGGGCGGGGGAGCAGGUCGACAUCCUGCCCUCCAACUGCUUGGUAAAAGAGCGCUGGAAAGUGCUGAAGAAGAUUGGGGGUGGAGGGUUCGGGGAGAUCUAUGAGGCCUGUGACCUGUUGACACGAGAGAAUGUGGCUCUUAAGGUGGAAUCUGCCCAACAACCAAAACAAGUGCUAAAGAUGGAGGUUGCUGUGCUAAAGAAACUACAAGGAAAGAAUCAUGUUUGCAAAUUUAUUGGAUGUGGAAGAAAUGACAAGUUCAAUUACGUUGUCAUGCAGCUGCAGGGAAGGAAUCUCGCUGAUCUCAGGAGGAGUCAGCCCAGAGGGACGUUCAGUAUGAGCACGACUCUACGGUUGGGGAAACAGAUUCUGGAGUCCAUUGAAGCUAUUCACUCUGUGGGCUUCCUGCACCGAGACAUUAAACCUUCUAAUUUUGCCAUGGGGCGAUUGCCGUCUACCUGUAGGAAAUGUUUCAUGCUGGACUUUGGUUUGGCACGACAGUACACUAAUACGAAUGGGGAAGUGCGGCCUCCCAGGACGGUGGCUGGGUUCAGAGGGACAGUACGCUAUGCUUCCAUUAAUGCUCAUAAAAACAAGGAAAUGGGUCGUCAUGAUGAUUUGUGGUCAUUGUUUUAUAUGCUGGUGGAGUUUACUGUCGGACAAUUACCAUGGCGUAAGAUAAAAGAUAAGGAGCAGGUGGGACAGAUUAAAGAGCGCUACGAUCACAGGCAGUUGUUGAGACAUAUGCCUGCUGAGUUUCAUGUCUUCUAUGACCAUGUGCUGGAUUUAGAUUACCACACCAAACCUGAUUAUCAGUUGCUAAUGUCAGUAUUUGAGAACAGCAUGAAAGAGAGGGUGAUAACAGAAAACGAGCCUUAUGACUGGGAAAAAUCUGGAACAGAUACGGCCCUCCCCACCAGCACACACACGCCACAGCAACAAAACACACGGCAAACUGCCGCCAUUGUGGGGAUGUUGAAUGUGACACUGGUACCUGGUGAAUUACCGAGGGAAAACACUGAUGAUGUUCUGCAAGACGAACACCUGAGUGACCAAGAGAACGCUCCACCUGCUUUGAUACCCAGCAGGCCAAGCGAACCUCCUCCAGCCCCACCUACUGGUGAAGGAUGGGAUGAAACUGACUUCAACCGUAACAAACUCAGGAUCAGCAUCAGUAAGACGCAAGUAGCAGCAGAGGAUGGGGAGGAGCCUGCAGGAGGAGGGAGGUCUGUUUCCCCGGCGAGGGGGGGAGAAGCAGAUGCUCAGGCCCGCCCUCCAAGGUACCGGAGAGUCAACAGCCCAGAAUCUGACCACUUGUCUGCUGCAGAGGAUAGAGGAGAUGCCGCAGAUAAACGCUCUCGUUUGGACAUGCUGGGUUCUCCAUCCAGGCACAUCUACUCUUCCCAGCCUGCUCAAAUGCUCUCUUUAGAAGCUGGGCAGGGAGAACGACUGGCCGGUGGCCACCAUGAUGUCUCUGCAGACGGCGACCAGGAAGCCCACAGCAAUGCCUUCAUCCGCUCAGUCCCACUGGCAGAGGAAGAGGACUUCGACAGCAGGGAGUGGGUGAUGAUUGAUAAAGAAACAGAGUUGAAAGACUUCCAUCCUGGGGCAGAGCCCACAACCUCAGGCACCACGGAUGAGGAACCAGAGGAAUUACGCCCCCUUGAGGACCACGAGGAGAGGAGAAGGAGAGGACAUAUGCACAGGAUGGGUGGAGCUGAGGCUGUGGUACGACCCAAGACACAACGUGGGAUGCUGAUUGUAGCAGAGGAGGAGGGGGCGGGACCAAGCCCUGCCCAUUCACCUUGUCACUCGUUGCCUCAUACCUGCCCAACAAGGAGGGAGUCAGAGCCGUUCGGACCUAAUGGACCGGAGGCUGCAGUGGCUGAACCUUUGCCUUCGUCCUCUCAGAUGCGUCUGAAGCGAGUAGACUUUGUGUCUGGUGUGUUGAUGUUUGACGAUCUGAGAGAGGAGGGUGUGAAGACUGGCUCAGGCAGUGAUGGAAGCCCUCGCAGUAGUGAGGGAAGUCCAGAGGGUGCUGCAUCCACCCUACUCGCCCCAGCCCACCGGGACCACGAGCAGGAAGAGGGCUCACGCACACUGGUGCUUGUGUCUGCUGGUAAUGGGCAGUUUUCGCCUGGUGACGGGCAGGGAACUCUUGCCGCAUUGACACCGCAGGGUGAGCGACCCGUGCCGGAUGAAUCUGAACCAGGGAUUCUUUCCUCCGUCAUUAGGUCGGAGCCCAGGCCUAUUGUCAUGACAUCUGCAGCUGUGAUCACCAGCGGUUCUUCCUCACCGCCGUUCACCAAGGUGGAACGCACUUUCAUCCACAUUGCUGAGACAACUCAUCUCAAUGUCAUGACAGCCAGACACCGUCUGCCUGUACUGGAUGAGCUGAUGUCUACUGAGCGUGAGGAGACAGGUGGAAAGAAAGAGGAGAGGGAACAGGUCAGUGAACGAGAGCAAAAGGAAAGUGAGGGGAUUACAUUAGAAAGAGGAGAGGAAGAAGAAAAAGUAAAGGAGAGUAACAGAGAAGAAACAGUGGCUUUGUUUUUAGCCGAGUCACAUGACCAGCCAGAGAGUACAGUUAUUGAGGAAGAAGAAGUCUUCAAAGAAGCCAAACUGGAAGUCAGACUAGAGGGUGUCUCACCAGGAAUAGACCAGCAAAAGGAACAGGAGCAAGAAGAAAGUCCAUCACUAACACCUGAACAAAACAGGGAUGCAGAGGUGGAGGAUGAGAAGGAUAUGUCUCCACCAGAGGCGGAGUCACCUGAUAGAAAGCCACUCCCACAGAGGCGGAGCCGUAUCCCUGUGCUUAUGUCAGAAGAGGAAACAGGAUCAGACAAGUCAUCACAGACGAGUCAAGAGCAGUUUCAGCGAACUCGCAAAAGCCGACAACAGCAGCUGGCUCGUCUCGUCCUGGAGCGCAAACAAACCCACCUGAUUCGCUCUCGCUCAGCCUCCUCGCACUCCCCGACACUCUCAACCACUGCAUCUGAAGAUGAAAUCCACCAAUCAGACGACUCGGCGAGAGGAGAGAAAGGAGCAGAUGGGAAAAUUAGGAGCAGGAUCCCUCGUCCAAUCACACCUAUCAGGGGGUCAUCUGACCAACUGGGCGGCACGACCCUUCCACAAACCCAGAGAUCUGUGUCUUUCAUUCAAUAUAGAACCAACAGUUCUGUCAAUCCCAGGAUUCAAAAGUCUGCAAGUCUACACACAAAUAUCCAUCAGCAGCUGCCUAAACCUCAGCUCCGUCCCUCUCAAACACUUCCACCCCGUCCUCCAUCUUCAGGCCCUUCCCAAUCACAGGGAAGUCGGACCGCCACACGUACCGUUACUCGUACCUCAGCUGUUAAUGCCACCCGAAGCAUCAGCACUUCCCCUCGGAGCUACUCCACCUCUCGCACCGACAGCCCUUCGCCUCAGCGCAUUCGCCGACAGCCUGCAGCCAAUGAAACGCAACGACAGCCCAAACCUCCUUGCCCACCGCAGUCCAAAUCCAAACCUCAGGAUUCCACCCCCAAAAAGAGCAAAACCCACCCAUCAACUUCAUCGCAAAAGGCAAAGAAAGAUCCACUUGAGUCAAAGACUAAAACAAGAUAAUUGAGACUUCAUUCCUUUAGGUGAUCUUCAUCCUCAGCAUCAUCAUCAUCAUCACAGUCACUCUCUGAGUCAUCAGUGUUGGACUGUGCAUCUCAUUAAACGCAACAAACUCAACCGAACAAUAUGGAUGGAUGUGUUCAUUAUUCAGCCAAGUGACUGCAGCAGCUACGAAAUACCUCUAAUGAGGAGAACCUCUGACAUUUAUAUACACACACAUACACACACACACAGUGUGCGUGUGGGCGAGUUGUCAUUAAUGAAGUGUGUUGGACAGAUGAACACACCUCAUAUGCCUUAAAAUAAUAAUUGCUGCCAUCACAACAAAGCUUCCACAGGCUCUACCCUCCUGUCAACGCCACUAUCAUGUUCAAUAAUACAACCACAUUACAGUAGAUGCUAUUUAUUUAAAUUGAAUAUCACUUCCAAAACGUACAUUUUUGACCAACAUCACAAUAUCAGAAUCUGGACAAAAUAGCUUUAUUGAAACUUACAAAAACCUAAAAUGUUUCAAAAGUCCCAAAUGCACUUAUUACUCAAUUAGCUGGUGUUUGGGACAGACUUUUAUAUCAACUUGUGCAGUCAAUUUAUGUGUGCUAAAAUUUGUAUUUAUCUCAAAUAAAAAUAAUAAUAGUCAUAUGCACAAAAACGUGGUGGUUCUGUGCAGAAGAAAAAAUAUUCUAAAUUGAAUCUCUACACAGAGCUAAAGUGACUAACCUUGCUGCUACAGUUUGAUGUCAAUCAUACAAUCAUCUUGGCCCCGCCUACUUUCUCUGAUUGGGUCAAUCCAUCCGUGGCACUCGUCUGCUAAAUAUAUUUGUAACCGGAUCCCGGAGCAGCGGCAUGCAUUUGGAAAUGCUCGUCCGCUUCUGUUUAUUGUGUUUUGCAAAAGAUAAUGUAAGCAGUACUUUUGGAAAAAACAAAGUUAUAUUUUUGUUCCUAAAAACAACAAAAAAAGAUUAAUGGAUGAAAAUAGGACUAACUUAGUUGCAUUUGUCUCAGUCUCAGGCUGAAAAUGCACCAUUCUGAUCUGUAUGUAAACUUUACAGUUCAAAGAACGCUUGAGGAAGCUGAAUGAUGGUCGAAGAGAACAUGAAAGCUUCUCAAAAAUCUGACACACACCAAGGGGGAUAAAGCAGCAGGAACCAAUAACGUGUGUUGAAGCAGCAUGUGUGGGGGUUGUAAAUGUUCUCUAGGAUGUUAUUUUUAUGCAGUACAGCUACUCCUGAGUGUCCACAGCAUGUGUUCAAAGACUGGUAAUCUGACGUGGAGUUUAAAUGACUAAGGUGCUAUCAAAGAGUGUUUCUUCAUGCUUGCUCUAGUCAUUGGUGUUUUUUUCUGUCCUGUGCUGGGAUUAAAACCCGAACAUCCAUGAAGAUUGUCACAUCAACGGAAGAGAAAAAUGUCCUAGUGCACACUAGCCAGUGUUAUUUGCGAUUUCACUUAAAGGAAGUGCUUUAUUUGGACCAUGCACACUGCAGAACCAUUGCAUGCUGUUGUUUGGGUGAAAUAACAGGAACAUACUCUGCAGUAUAUUCCAGAUUUUUCCAUCUGUGGAGAAUUCAAAAGACUCUCUGCUCUUAAUACCAACAAGAUAUGAGGAAAGACGUCUCCUUUUGGUCAUCUCUCUUCAGUGUGUUGCUUUGAGAUAGAGAGAAUUUGCAUGAAUGUGUUUCAUGAAUCACGAUUGAUUAACUUAUACUAUGGAGAUACCUUUCUGAGUUAUACAAUUAAAAAUUAUAGCAAAUUAUCAAUGAUGCCAUUCAAUAAACGCAAGUUCCAUCACCAUUUCA